AUGAGGCGGUGCGGUGCGGCACUGUCCUUCCUGCUGAGUGAGCGAGUCCAGGAGCCGGUGGAUUCUGGAGCGGUCCCUGCCAGCCCUCUAGGUGGGGGUGUGAUCCGGAGACAUUUCUCAGGGACCCUGCUGAUGCCUCCACCGUCCAGCAGCCUCAGGUCCUCAGGGGAGGCAGAGUCUGGUGCCCAUGUGGUUUUCACCAUCGGAACUCGAGGGAAAGAGAGAAACCAGGACCCAACUCAGAGCAGCUUUGACCUGGAAAAUGGGUUGGCGAGCGGCAGGGGGCCCCUGGACCCGCAGUGCGGCCGCGCCCUCCACCCCCCGGGUCCGCACGGCCAGCGGCGCGAGUCCUUCCUGUACCGCUCGGACAGCGACCACGAGCCCUCGCCCCAGGCCGUGUCCCGGAGCUCCUCGGCGGCCAGCGAACUACAUGGAGAAGACAUGAUCGUCACGCCCUUCGCCCAGGUGCUGGCCAGUCUCAGGACCGUGCGCGGCAACGUGGCCGCCCUUGCCCACGGCCCGGGCAGCGCCAGGCAGCCGCUCCUGGGGACCCCUCCGCGCAGCAGCCCGCCCGCCCACACAGGGGACUCGGAGCUGGCGCAGCAGACUCUGGAGGAGCUGGACUGGUGCCUGGAGCAGCUGGAGACACUGCAGACGCGGCGCUCGGUGGGCGAGAUGGCGUCCAACAAGUUCAAGCGCAUGCUCAACCGCGAGCUGACCCAUCUGUCGGAAACCGGCCGCUCGGGGAACCAGGUGUCCGAGUUCAUCGCGCAGACCUUCCUGGACCAGCCGGCCGAGGUGGAGCUUCCCCCGCUGCCCACGGAGGACCACCCCGCGCCCCUGGCCAGCGCGCCGCGCCCCGCCAGCCUCCCCGCCGGCGCCGUGCCCCGCUUCGGGGUCCACACAGACCAGGAGGGGCAGCUGGCCAAGGAACUUGAAGACACCAACAAGUGGGGACUGGACGUGUUCCGAGUGGCCGAGCUGAGCGGGAGCCGGCCGCUCACAGCCGUGGUGUUCAGCGUCCUCCAGGAGCGGGGCCUGCUCAAGACGUUCCAGAUCCCCGCGGACACGCUGCUGGCGUACCUGCUCACGCUGGAGGGUCACUACCACGCCGACGUGGCGUACCACAACAGCGUGCAUGCUGCGGAUGUGGUGCAGUCUGCGCACGUGCUGCUGGGCACCCCCGCCCUGCAGGCCGUGUUCACAGAUCUGGAAGUCUUGGCGGCUGUCUUUGCAUGCGCUAUCCACGACGUGGACCACCCGGGGGUCUCCAAUCAGUUUCUCAUCAACACCAACUCGGAGCUGGCGCUGAUGUACAAUGACGCGUCGGUGUUGGAGAACCAUCACCUCGCCGUGGGCUUCAAGCUCCUGCAGGCGGAAAACUGCGACUUCUUCCGGAACCUCAGCGCCAAGCAGAGACUGAGUCUGCGCAGGAUGGUCAUAGACAUGGUGCUGGCCACAGACAUGUCUAAACACAUGAGCCUCCUGGCCGAUCUCAAGACCAUGGUGGAGACGAAGAGGGUGACCAGCCUCGGGGUCCUGCUCCUCGACAAUUACUCUGACCGCAUCCAGGUCCUACAGAGCCUGGUGCACUGCGCUGACCUCAGCAACCCCGCCAAGCCGCUGCGGCUCUACCGCCAGUGGACCGACCGCAUCAUGGCCGAGUUCUUCCAGCAGGGCGACCGCGAGCGGGAGCUGGGCCUGGAUAUCAGCCCCAUGUGUGACAAGCACACGGCCUCGGUGGAGAAAUCCCAGGUGGGAUUCAUUGACUACAUCGCCCACCCACUGUGGGAAACGUGGGCCGACCUGGUGCACCCCGACGCUCAGGAGCUGCUGGAUACCUUGGAAGACAACAGAGAGUGGUAUCAGAGCAGAAUACCCUGCAGCCCCACCCACACCACGGGCCCUGACAGGUUCCAGUUUGAGCUAACCCUGGAGGAGGCAGAGGAGGAGGAGGACGGAUAAUGAAGGACAGGCUCGGCCCUGGACAUCCGGUCCUCAGAGUCACCCGGCGCCUGUCCUCCAGGACCAGCCCAGAGUGCAAGGCCUGCCUUAUCCAACAAGAUUUGGGGCCAGCCUAGCAUGGACCACGAAGUCACCGCCAGGCUCUGGGCACCUCUGGGCGCUGGUGACCUCUGGAGCGAUUCCCGUGGUACCAGCUUCUCUUCCCACCCGUCAGGGCGGACAGCCGAGGUUUACGCAUAGACAAGGCUUGGGGUCCGCUCUGACCACGGCUUGGCUGGAAAGGCGCUGGUGUCUGGGGGGUGCCUCCCCGACACUGCUCCUGCCUCAGCCUGCACCCGGGCUGGGGCUCUCUCUGCCUUUCGUUCGUUCGUUUGGAUUCUUUUCGAUGGAAGACGGAAGCCCGGUUCCCAUGCCCUGUGAGCAGAGCGACCCCAGCCCCCCAGUCGC